GACAAAAGUAUUCCAAUCUUAGAAUUAUUUAAAUUGAUUUCAUUCCAUAAUUUCCAUUCAAUUCAAUUUUUCUUCCAAUCAUUGCACAAAGUAACCAACCGAAAGCAUUUUCAUUUUUGUCAAAAUAAGAAUAUACAGCUGGCUUGACAACGCGCAAACACCACUGGCCACCUCUUUCCUUUUUAUAUCUUCAUCACAAAUGGCGCUCUAAAUCAAUCCAAGCAAGAAAGCAAGAAAAAGAAAAAAAGAGGGAAAAAAGAUUCAAGGGCAAUUUCUGAAUUGUAAUGGCGAAAUCUUCAUUUUUGUCACUGGUUUUAGUUCUUUUCGUAAUGAUUACGGCUUUGGUUCUUUCAACUGUUUCUGCAAGUGGGGAGCAGUUCUAUGAAGCGGCGGAGAUGGGUUGGAUGAGAUCUGGCGGCGGCGGCGGCGGAGGAUUGGUUGGGGAGGCGGAGGAGUUGGAAUUCGAGCUGAUGGACUCGGAAUCCAACCGGCGAAUCUUAGCCACCGCCAGGCGUUACAUCAGCUACGGCGCGUUGCAGAGGAACAGUGUGCCUUGCUCCCGCCGUGGGCAGUCGUACUACAACUGCCGCCCUGGUGCUCCGGCGAACCCUUACACUCGCGGGUGCAGUGCCAUCACGCGCUGCCGGCGUUAAGUUUAGCUGCUGAAGAAUUCGGAAUCUCAGUAUUCAUCGGUUCUUUGUCUGAAAUUUGUCCUCUUUUUUUCUUUUUUUUUUUUUUCUUUUGGUGCGUAAAUGAUUCAUUUUAUUCUUUUGUUAAUAUUUUUUGUAUACAAUAUAUAUUUCUUUAUCCACAAUGAAUUCUACCUCUUUUUUUUUUCCCCGUUUUUACCAUUUCAAUUCAGAUUGUCUACUAAAUUCUCGCACUAUGUCUCUGAAUUGAAUCUAACCCAACCCCUUAAUUUCAUUAUCGACAUCAACCAAAUUCUUAUUGCCAUUUUUUUUUUUUUGGUUGGAUGUAAAAAAUGAGCGAAUUAAUAAGUGGUCAGUUCAUGGAUGUUUGUAACUCCAAAGAUGCAACAACACAGUAAAAACUGGAAGACAGCUUAACGGUUUAUCACACAGUUCUAUGACGAUAUAAUUUGGAUGAAGUUGACUUUUUUUCUCUCUUAUUAAUACUCUUUGUGAUACGAAUCAUUUGCGUUACUGGUUGUCAUUUUUAGAUUAUGAGCUGUGUUUGUUUUUUUAAAAAAAAAAA